UAUAAAUCGAUUGGUGACGUCAGAUGAUGCUGACAGCAAAUAAGUUAACCAGUUUCUUCAAUUUUACUCGAAAAUGCAUUAACGCCGAUUUUUUAAAUUACGUUGAAGUUUUUAUAAUGAUAGAAUGAGUGCAGGUCCCCUUGUUGUUGAGAUUAUAUGUACGUGUUGUUUAGCUGCAUUUUUAUUACAUCGCUAUGGUGACCUGAGGAAGAAUCAUGCAUUGACAACAUUAGCUACUUUUGUGGCAUGGUACUUCUCCUUUCUGAUAGUGUUUGUUUUACCAUUAGACGUUUCUUCAACAUUUUACAGACAAUGCCUUCAAGACAACCAGUCUCCUGCAGUAACAACUCCAGACCCAUCUAAUACCACUAGUACCACAAAUGUGACUACAACACCAGGACCAACACCUUCACAGAAAUAUAGUGCAGAAUCUUCUCAAUGUCAAAAACCUCUCAGUCAUGUACCAGAUAAUGUUUUACCUGCACUUUGGCAUGUUGUAUAUUGGUCAUCUCAAUUCCUUACUUGGCUUCUAUUACCACUGAUGCAGUCCUAUUCCACAGCUGGAGAUUUCAGUGUAGCAGGAAAGAUAAAAACAGCUUUGAUAGAAAAUGCCAUAUACUAUGGAACGUAUCUAUUAAUAUUUGGUAUUUGUUUGAUUUAUGUAGCAGCAAGACCAGAUCUUCAUAUUGAUGCAGAGAAGUUAAAAGUGAUUGGAAUAACAGCUAGUAAUACCUGGGGUUUGUUCUUACUUGUCCUGUUACUUGGUUAUGGAUUAGUAGAAGUCCCUCGCACUGUUUGGAAUAGCAGUAAACAUGGACAUAUGUUGGGAAGAACACAGUUUAAAAUUUCUAAACUCAGCACAGAAAAAACAGAAGCAGAAGAAAAUCUUGAAGAUGUACUUGAGGAGAUAAAGCAAGUGUCUGACAAAGUAUGUUACAAUAAUCCAUUGAGACAACAUGUGGAUACAGUCUUAUCUAAGUGUCCUGAAUCGUUGAGAAAGUCUGUUAAACCCAAUGUAGAUGAUUAUGAAGACUACAAUGCUGCUCAAGAUGUCAUUAGUGAAAAAGCUCUUGUGAAACUACACAAACGUGUAAUACAGGCUAGCCAGACACACAGACGUACUCAGAUUCAAUGGAAUAAUUUAAUGGAGAAGGCAUUCAAUUUAGAGGAUGAGGAAAUGAAUAGAAAUAGUCCAGAGAGAAGGUUCAAAAGGUCAUUUAUGGUGGAGAAGGGGUGGUGGCGUAGUAUUUAUACACCAACCGUUGAAUGGUAUUGGAAAUGUUGGGCACGACCAUGGACAUUUAGAGUGGUUACUGUUAUUUUAGCAAUUUUCUCUUUCAUGGUCGUAUGGUCAGAAUGCUUAUUCUUCAUAAAAUCUCCAGUCCUAUCAUUAUUUGCUGUGUUCCUUAAUGUAGCCAAGCACAACUAUGACUAUGUAUACAUUGAGCUGGCUUCAAUUAUUACAAUAGCCUAUUUGUGUUUCUGUGCCUACUACAGUGUGUUCCAGAUCAAGAUACUUAACUUUUACUACAUUGCACCCCACCACCAGACAGAUGAGUACAGUUUAGUAUUCACUGGAAUGAUGCUUUGUAGACUUACUCCACCACUUUGUUUGAACUUUCUUGGACUAAUUCAUCUGGAUAGUCAUAUAACAUAUGAUGAACGCUUGCAAGAAACCUCAUACACUCAGAUAAUGGGACACAUGGAUGUGAUAUCUAUUGUAUCUGAUGGGUUUAACAUUUAUUUCCCUAUCAUGAUAGUACUGCUGUGUAUAUGUACUUACUUCAGUCUAGGGAGUAGGAUUCUACAUUUCCUGGGAUUCCAACAGUUUAUAGGAGAUGAUGAUAUGACACAGGAGUUUAUAGAUGAGGGAAAGAGCAUAAUUAGUAGGGAAAAAAGAAAAUUAGAGAGAAAGGCAAAUAGUGACGAAAGAAAAAAAGAAUGGAGUGAAAAGUUUGGUGUUGACUGGUCAAGUAGUUCUAGAAAUGCAACAGCCAGGAAAGAGGUAGAAACUGCUGGAGACUUCCAAAUGAAUAGAGCCAAACAGUCUGUAGCUAGAAGUCCAGAUGAGAAUGAUAAAACUGGACUUCUACGUGAAGCCGAACCUUUGGACUAUACAGCUGAGCUAGAGGUAGAGGACUUUAAUACAAACAGAAUAUCACAAGGGUACCAGUCUAGUAGACCAGGGAGCACAUCCAGUAGAUACGGAUCAUCUAGUGGAUCAUCUAGACCUCGGCCACCAAAAGGAAUAUUUGAUGAUAUUUAAAUACCAUGUCAGUUUAAUGUUUAAAUGAAAUAUCUCUAUGGUUGUGUACAAAAGAGUGUAGUUAAAGAAUGCAAUGAAAAAUAGAUUUAAAAAUAAUAUAUGCACUUAUGUUUAUAUUCUAUUAGGAUUAGUAUUUAUCUAGUACUUAGCUAAUACAUUUUAUUUACAUUAUUCUCAUUUUGCAGAAAAACUCUUUAUUAUGCAUUGAUUUCUGACAUCAUUCAAUUAUUUUUGUCUGCUUAAAAUGACAUGAAAAUUGUGCUUACUUGACAUUUUUCAAGCAUCUGCUAGAGUAUGUACAUUUUCAACCAAAUACAAACAUCCAGAGAUUUAUCAUCAUCACAUAUUUCCAAGUCGUGAUAUGGAAAUUUAUACAUUCUGUCCUUUUACUACACACUGAUAUUGAUUUUUUGCCCAACAAACGUACCAAUGAAGUACCAUAACCGUGUAAAAACCAAAUACUUUAAUAGAUUGAUCAUGAUUGGAAUAAAGGAUAUUGAAAAAUCCCUUAUUAUAAAUUUGAUAUCACAUUUAUAAAAGAUGUCAUGAUGGUUAAACCACACAAAUAAAUGCUCAGAAAAAUAUGUAAAAUUCCAUAAGAUCAUGUAUAAUAAUAUUUAACUGAAAAGCAGAUAUUCGAUAAAUAAAGGUAUCAUGGACAUUGCUGUUCUUGAUAUUAAAAAUUAAGAGUCACUGCAAAGUAAUGAAACAUAAAUUUUAUAGUAAUGGCAUAUUAUUAUUAAUCCUUAUCAUCCAUAGAUUACUACAACUUUUAAAAUCGAAUGUUACUAAUUUGAAUUGUCAGGGUGUUUUAAAAUUUGAAAUAUUUGAAUGCUAUUUUCAAAGACAUAACCAAAUUAUUAAAAUUGGUUUCAAUCUUUAUUACUGAUAAAUUAUAGCUUGUGAUCUGACAUUUUAUAGUUUGACAUUAUUAGAAACUACCACAAGUUCUUUAAAUGUUAGAUAUUAAAAGUGAUGAUGGAGUUUCUAAUUUCUAAAAUGAUAUUAAUAUGUUGUUAUAUUUUAUCACUAAUUUAUAGACUCAUUAUGACUUUAUUGAAAAUUUGUUAUUAAUGCAAAGGGGGAUUUUUGUUUAUUAUACUAGUCAAUAUAUUAUUUGUAUUAAAGAUAGUUAUAUACAGAAACCUGUUUGGACUGAUUUGCCUGGUAUAGGAAGUUGUUCUGAUUACAUAGGCUAACAAACAUCCUGAAAUAACAAAAUAAUCUUCAAUUGAUUUUUUAUUACCAGGAUUCAGUUUAAACAGGUUCAACCGUAAAGGCAGGUGCCUGUUAUAAUAAUCUCAUGAAGAUAACAAUGAAGUGUAGGGAUUUUCUGUUUAAUAUGAAAAAAAUAUCUUGUGAAUAUAAUUGAUUUAUACAUAUUUAGUAAAUCAAUCAACAAUAUUGUCCCUUCAGAUUAACAGUGGUAAUUAUAUCUUUUAUUCCAUAAUUAUUUUGUUUAUAGAAUUAGAAUUAUUAUAGUUAGAUGUAUUUCUCAAAGUCUAAUUUCAUAAAUUUACCAAAUUCCUUUUUUUCCCAAACGGAUCAAUAUUUUUAAAUACUAGCUUUAAUGACUGUUGGCAGUAGAAAACAACAAGUUAGCUGUAACAGACCACUUACAAGUUCUCAGUAUGUAUGAGUCACACCUGUUGACCCAUGGUCAGUUUGUGUAAAUGAAGACAUUGUCUUCUACCUUUUUUUUUUUUAGAAAAGUUUGAUUAUGAGUAACUACUACAAUGAAUUCAAUUAUAAUUUCAAAUAGAACACAGAGAAUCUUUAAUGUGAUAGAACCUAGAAUUUAUUAUAUGCACUUUACAUAAUGUAUUUACACAAUUAGAUCUUUAUCAUUAUUUCUAGAAACUGCAUAACCAUGUUUGUUAUAAAGUAAGCAUUUUUGUAUGAAAGUUUAUAAUUGCACUAUUUUGUGAGUAUGAAUUGUAAAAUGCAUUUUAUUUGAAGAGAUGGUAGACCUGAGACUAUGUAAAUUGUUAUAUCAUGUUUAAAUUGUCUUAUCUUGUUUAAAAUGAAAAACAUAUAUACCGGUAGGUUUUAAUUUCAAAGUUGCACAAAUAUGUUAUCCUUUGAUCUUUUAUCCUAAGAUUUUGUUGAACUGUUAUUUGAAUAUAGAAUCUGGAAGUUGAGGCAUAAUAGUAAACUGUUAUUUAGAUUUUUUAAAUGAUCACUGUUAUUGCAAAGAUAGUUACAUGAAAGACAUUUCUUUAUGGUACAAAUGUAUAACAUGUACUUUUGUGUUUAAACACUAGCACUUAAAGGUAGAGCUU